AUGGUAGAUGCUUCACCUUUAUUACUUACUGCGGAGAACAGACGAUCAUGGUAUUACACUCUACUCAACACGCUUCGACCCAGCCGAACUUAUCUACUUGGUUUUCUUACUCGUUUUCUCACUCUUGUUAUUAUUUUGGCUGUACUUAUUGCCAUUGGUCUUGGGUUACGAUAUACAGAAGAUAUGCCGAAACCUGAAGACUUUUCUCAGCUCGAAUUCAAUUGGCAAGUGAAUCCUUCAAGUUAUUUAACACCCUACAAUCAGUCUUUCCAAUACAAUGUGCUGCUGGACGGCCAUUCUCAUUCUACCUAUAGUGAUGGAAAAAUGAAUGUGAAACAACUUUUGGAUUGGCAUAUUGCAAAUGGAUAUAAUGCUGUUAUGGUUACAGAUCACAAUACUAUUGCAGGUGGAAUUUAUGCAGAAAAAUUAGCUUUGCAGGAUGAAUACUACAAGGAAAGAAUUGUUGUCAUCCCUGGUAUGGAAUAUAGCUGCUGUCGUAUCCAUAUGAAUUUGAUAGGUAUCAAUCAAACUAUUCCUGUUGGUCCACCAGUACCUUCUGAUUUUGAGCUUCAACAAGUGAUUAAUAAAACUCAUGCUCUUGGUGGUAUUGUCAUUGUCAAUCAUAUUCCCUGGAGCAAUACUACUCAAACUGGAUAUGAAUUACCACGACUUCCAAAUCAUCCAUCUGUGGCCGACUUGAUAGCAUGGGGAGUGGAUGGUUUUGAAGUGAUCAACCAAGCGACAUUCGAUUAUCCAACAAUGCAAGCAGCUCAACAACACAAUUUGAUUCAAAUGGUGGGUACAGAUAUUCAUCAUCCUGCUGUUCCUGCAAAUGCGUGGCUAACAGUGAACAGUCCCAGUAUGAAUAAGACAGCCAUCAUGAACGAAAUUAUAGCAAGACGCACGUCCUUCCUUUUCGAUCCAACUGGUACUCCGGAACGAGCCUAUGCACAAAAUUCACCAUCUUAUGAUCGAUUGAUCCCGCUCACUUGGUUAGGUGACUACUUUGGUAUGUUUUACAAUGAUGACAAGGGCAUGUAUAGCUUCCAAGGCACUUUUUGUCACCCUGAACAAUUGACGAUUCGAAACAAUGUCAUUGGAUGGUUUAUCUUUUGGUUGAUUAUAUUUAUUAUUGUUUUUGAAUUAGUCCGUACCUUAGUCAUUCAACUUAGUCAUCAUUCUCUUAUAUACUAUCGAAAACGCAGGUCGUUCAACCGUGAAUAA